AAUGAGGGUUGAUUUUGAGGGUGAAUAUUUGGGGGCUGAGUGUGGUUAGAACUUAGAACCUGCUGCAGGCAAAGUUUGCCGUUUUCUAAAAGGGUGAAACCAACACUACCUCAUUUUUAACAUUUGCCAAACAAAUCCUCAACAAGUGGGUGGUGGAAAUGGCCUAUCUUUCGCAUUCUGAGAGAACCAGUAAGGAUACUCACAACUGCCCAUCUUCAGAAGAGAAUGAAUGGCUUGAGUUAGGGUUAGGGUUUAGCAUUGCACCAAAGAAACAAGAUGACGGGCAACAUCAACCCAACCCUAACAUUGCCGUUCCUUUUCCAGUUUCAGCCGCUGCUUCUUCACAUCUCAAAGCCAAGCAGAAGCCACCUGGUUGUAGUAGUAGUAAUAGUACUAAAGGGUUGGAGCUAGGUUUAAGUCUAGGAAUAGAUUCAGAGACUCAUGAAGAUGAUGAUGAAGGUGGCAAUUAUGGGCAGAUGGCCGUGUGGCGAAAUCAAGAUGGAGGCGAUGAUUAUGGUGAUGAUGAUGAUGAUUACGAUGACAUGGCAUGGUGGUGGCCGUGCCACAUGAAUUCAGGUUGCUUCAAUGACUGGCAAGUGCCGGUUCCCAAUAACUCCCAUCAUUACAUACCAAGAACCAGACCCCACUCUGGCUUGUGGUUUACCCUUCACUCAUAUACCAACCGGAACGGGGAAGCACUGCCUCAAAUACCAAAGGCAUACAUUAGAGUGAAGGACGAGAACGUGACGAUUUUCAUGGUUAAAAAGUACCUGGUUAGAAAGCUUGGUCUCUCCAACGAAGCUGAGGUAGAGAUAUCAUGCAUGGGGCAGAGAUUGGUGCAUACACAAACAUUGAAGCAAGUAAGAGACAGUGUGUGGUUGCCUAGAUUCCUUGAAUCUGAAUCCACCUUCCACCAUUACUCACUUCAAACCAAUUCUGCAAAUAAUCAUUUGAUGUCUUUAUACUAUGGCAGGCGAUGCGCUUUCAACUAAUGCUCACCUUUCUCUACCUCUUUUUAUAUAUAAUUAUAAUAUGCCACGUUCUUCAAAUGUAUAUAUUGAUUUAGUAAAAUAUCUGCA